AGUGUUCAGGAAGAGGAUGAAUUUAUUGACAUCGUCGGGUCCCUUGUUCCUCCGGAGACUGGUGCUUUAGACUGGAUCGCGUGUCUUGAGGAAGACAAAGAGGCCCAGCAAGAACAACAAACACCUGUUAGCGAGAAAAGCAGGAGCAAGCGAAAGACCGAGGCCGAGUCAAGCAGCAGCAAGCUUAAGGUCGAGGCCGAGCCGAGCAGCAGCAAACGCAAGGAGCACAAGAAGAAAAAACGAAAACGCGAACAAGUACAAGAAGACGAGGAACACUGAUCUCUACAGACCGGUUCUAAGUUCUCUCAUCGUUUUUUUUUUCUGUACUGCUAUAAGUCUUUCUAACAGAGCUGGCUCGCUCGAAUGCUCGAUCGUAGAUCAUGUAACGAGCUCUUGGGAAGCUGCAAGACUCUCAAAGCGGCAAAACAAGCCCACGCUCGUCUUCUCCAAAGCGCUACUUCGACUCUCGACACUUAUGCCUCGAACAAGCUCCUCGACUUGUAUGGGAAGCUCGGAGCAGUCCAUGAAGCUCUCUCCAUCUUCACGUCCAUCGCCAACAAAGACGUAUUCUCAUGGACGUUCAUGCUUACUACAUAUGCCCGAAACGGGCAUCUCUCUCGGGCAAAGAGGAUCUUCGAGGAGAUGCCCGAGAGAGAUCUCCAUUCGUGGUCCGCCAUGCUUGCAGCCUUUGCAAGCCACGGCCAACUUUUCCAGGCUAAAGACCUCUUUGACAGAAUGUUCGAAUGGAAUGUUGUGUGCUGGACAACCAUGCUAAACGCAUAUGCCCAAAGAGGGUAUAUUAAAGAGGCGAAACUGGUGUUUGAUUCCAUGCAAGAGCGUGACAUGAGGUGCUGGACCGCGAUGCUUCGGGCAUAUGCCCGAUCCGGGAAUCUUGAAGAUGCGAGGUCUCUUUUUGAUAAGAUGCCUGAGAGAGAUCUUGUAUCAUCAACUCUCAUGCUUACCUUACAUGCUAGUGACAACCUUUACAACUUGAAAGCUCUUUUCGACCAAUUGCCCGUGAGCGAUCUCUCUGUAUGGACUGUGAUUUUGGUGGCAUAUUCCCAGAAAGUUGAUGAUGCCACAAGAAUCUGGAACAAAAUGCCAGAGCAUGACCUGGUGGUAUGGAAUGCCUUAUUAUCAGCAUAUUCUCAUUGUGGGCAUCUUGCCGAUGCUGAGAGAGUUUUUUCCUCGAUGUAUGAAAGAGAUGUCAUUUCUUGGUCUGCAAUGCUAGAUGCUUACAGUAGAGCUGCGUCUGUCACGCAUGCUGAAAUAAUAUUUGAGAAGAUGCCAGAGCAUAACCUUGUCUCAUGGGUCAUCAUGCUAACCGCAUAUUCAAGCAAUGGGUAUCUGGACAAAGCCAAGCAAGUGUUUGAUUUAAUGUGUGAAAGGAACCUCUAUGCGUGGAAUACAAUGCUAGUCGCAUAUAUUGAGGGUGGCUAUCUUGACCAGGCAGAAUACUUAUUUGCUUCGAUGCCAUCCCACGACAUUGUGUCCAUCAACACUCUUAUAUCUGGAUAUUCCCAUGCCGGGCAGACUCUAAAGGCAAAACUUGUGUUUGAUUCCAUGGAAGAAAGAAGCAUUGUUUCCUACAAUUCAAUGAUUUCUGGUUACCUUCACAAUGCAGAGCUCAACAAUGCCAAAGACUUGUUCCACAGGAUGAAAGAGCACAGCCUCAUUUCAUCCAACACGAUGCUCUCGGUAUAUGCCCAAGACGGGAAUAUGCGAGAGGCUAAAGCACUCUUUGACUCAAUGCAGGAGAGGAAUCUUGUCUCCCAUAACGCUCUCCUGUGCGGAUAUUCCCAGAACCGGGAUCUUCAGAUGGCAGUCUCUGUGUUCUAUUCUAUGCAGGAAUGGGACUCGGUGUCAAUCAACGCCAUCCUGACCACAAAUGCCCAGAGUGGACGGCUAGAUGAGGCCCGUCACUGCUUCGACACUGCCCCGGAAGAGCUAAAGAGCCUAGUGACGUGGAACACCAUGCUGACGACAUAUGCCCAAAAGGGCCACGUCGAUGCCACUGCAAGCUUGUUUCUUAGAACAAAGGAGCGCAACGUUGUGACGUGGAAUACCAUGCUCGCAGCAUAUGCCCAAACUGGGCAUCUUGAAACCGCUCAAUUCAUGUUUCAUACAAUGCCACACAAGGACCUCACGUCCUGGAACACGAUGCUCUCUGCAUAUUCACAGUGCGGCGACCCCUCCCAGGCAAAGACUCUGUUUGACAACAUGGACUCUCUCGACACAAUCUCCUGGAACGCAAUGCUUGGCGCUUACUCCAACCACGGAAUGUCCCAAGAGGCGCUCUCCCUGUUUCACGAGAUGCUCCUCACAGUGCCACCCAACUGCAUCACGAUGACCGCCACCCUGGUCGCCAUAAGUCAACGGGGGAGCCCCGGCAGCGCCAGCGCCCGGUGGAGGUCAACGGCAUUUGACUUUUGUCUGACCGCCACGAAGGAGCACUACAGCUGCAUGGUCAACGUCUUGGGGCAGGGUGGCCACAUCCACGACGCCAUGGAUCUCAUUCUGCACAUGCCAUAUGAGCCGGACACGCUUCUGUGGACGAGUUUCUUUUGGGCAGCAUCGGGGAAAGAAGUAGCCAGAGAAGGGCCUGACUUACACGGGCUGGAGACUUUCUCCGUUCUGCCCUACAACUUCCAUACGUCGCCUUGUUACUUUCGUUCGUAGGCGAGGAUUCAAAGUCCAGGAAAUUGUUUUUGUUGCACGGGGAAGGAACGCGUUCGAACGAAGCAGCGUUUUGACGGA